AUGUCUUCCUCUGAUUCUGCCACUUCCACUCCAAUCAAAAUUCCUUUCUCCAAAUAUGUUCGAUUUGGUAAUACUGGAUUAAAAGUUUCACCAUUGUGUUUUGGAUGUAUGACCUUUGGAUCUUCCAAAUGGCAACCAUGGGUUCUUGAUGAAGAUGAAUCUUUAAAGAUGUUGAAAAGAGCCUAUGAAUUGGGAAUUAACUUUUUUGAUACUGCCAACACAUACAGUAAUGGAGAGAGUGAGAGAAUUUUAGGCAAAUUCCUCAAAUUGAACCAAAUCCCAAGAGAACAAGUGGUCAUUGCUACCAAAGUAUUUGCUCCAGUUGACAAGUCGGAUCAACAAAAAUUUAUGAUUCAACUCCCAAGAGAUCAACUAGUUCCAAAUACCUUUGGAUUAUCAAGAAAGCACAUUAUGCAUGCUGUUGAAGAGUCUUUACAAAGGUUGGGCACAGAUUACAUUGAUUUGUACAUUAUUCAUCGAUGGGACAACAAUACUCCUAUUGAGGAAACCAUGGAAGCCUUACAUGAUUUAGUAAAAUCAGGUAAAGUCCGUUACAUUGGCGCUUCUUCCAUGUGGGCUUGGCAAUUUGCAAAGGCUCAACACAUUGCUGAUAAGAGAGGAUUUACUAAAUUCAUCUCCAUGCAAAAUCUCUACAAUCUGUUGUAUCGUGAAGAAGAACGUGAUAUGAUUCCAUUGUGUAAGGAUCUUGGAGUGACUAUGACUCCAUGGUCUCCUCUUGCGAGAGGAAUAUUAGCAAGAGCUCAUGAUUAUGCUGAAGGUGGAAUGAGAAGUGUGAAUGGUGGUGCUGUUGGCAAUGAAAAUGGUCAAAGUGAUGACAACCCCAAAACUUCAACCACACGAUCCACUACUGAUUUUUUUGUCAAGACUUUUCAAGCCAAUUUGUUGGAGAGUGAUCGAGAGAUAUUGAAAAGAGUUUCAGAAUUGUCCAAAAAGAAGAAUUGCACUCCAGCACAACUCUCUCUUGCUUGGAUGUUGAAAAAAGAUUUUGUUUCAUCACCUGUGAUUGGAUCAAGUACCAUUGAGAAUAUUGAACUCAAUGUGGCAGCUAUUCAUAUUGAAUUGACAUUGGAAGAGGUGAAAUAUUUAGAAGAGCCAUACACUGCCAAACCAGUCUCAGGAAACUUGCAAUAA